AGGACCGAGGCGCUGCAGCAACGGAAAGGCAGCAGAGCCCUCAAAAGCUCUGCGCUGCAGCUUUCUCGGGCCGGAGAAAAGCCGAAACAAACAAACCAACGAACAGGAGAGAGAGAGAAGACGGGGGCAGGGCGUUGGAGGGGGAGAAGGCGAGAGAGAAAGUGAGCCAAGGCGCUGUCACUGCAGCGAGGCAUGGGCGCAAACCAUAGGGGGAGAGCGGCGACCACUUCUCGACUUCUCGUCUCGCGUGCUCUGCUGCCGGGUUGCGUUGGCUGACUUCUCGUCUCGCCGUAGUUGGUGUGCGAGUGCGAUCGAUCCGUAAGCCGCUGGUGCCGGCGAUGGACGCGCAACAGCUGGAUUUGUUCCUGCGUCGUCACCAAAGCAUGGCCAACGUCUGCUGCGAGAGCGAGGACGCGCUGGGGUCGUCGGAGUCGGAGCCCGCGAGGCCGGCGCGCCCGCGCGGCAAGAGGAGCCGCGCCGCCGAGGUGCACAACCUCUCCGAGAAGAGGAGGAGGAGCAGGAUCAACGAGAAGAUGAAGGCGUUGCAGACCCUCGUACCCAACUCCAGCAAGACGGACAAGGCCUCCAUGCUUGACGAUGCCAUUGAGUACCUGAAGCAGCUUCAGCUACAGGUGCAGAUGUUGUCUAUGAGGAAUGGCCUGUAUCUUCCCCCAGCAAACUUAUCUGGAGUACCUGAGGUUCUGGCAACCUCAGAAGUGUGCGCCACGAUUAACCAAAGUGGUGUCAAGGCAUCAGAUUCUGGGGUUGCCCUACUUCCUGUGAACCAAAGUUCUGUAGCUCAUCAUUCAUUUGAUCCACCAAAUCAUGACCAACGGCAUAACAAAUCCCUUGUUUUGCAAAGUAUCCCUACUAGUUCAACGACCAUAGCUCGAUUCCUUCAAGAGCCAGCUCAGGCCAACCUUCAAUCCUUUCAGCUAGCUGUACCUCCUGAGAUGAUCCUCAAGGAGGACAUGAUGUUAAAGCAUCGCCUGACUUCAGUUCAAGGAACCACGUCGGUACCAGGGCAUGAGGUCAAGCUUGCUAGUCAGGAAACAUGUACGGUGAAUUCUGGUCAUUUCAAUAGAGGUUCACAAAGGAAAGAAGUAGCACGAGACAUGAUGCCGAAAAACACUGAAAGUGUACUAUUUAUGCCAUACUUGCACGGCUUGCAAAGCGGUGACACCAAUGGAGGUCUGAGGGCAGAACCAAGCUAGCUGCAUAAUGGAUAGACCGUUCUGAAUGCUUUUCCAGUUAGGAUGCUUCAUUUUGGAAGGACAGUGUACUAGGAGAAGCAAGUUCCGACGAGCGUCAGUCCCACCUUGUCGAUCUGAAUGUUAGCAGCUAAAUCAGGUUGUAGUCUGAUAGACUAAUUUGUAAAGAAAGACCUCAGUCAACUUGCAAAUAUAUCCACUAUGGACUUGAGGGAUAUAUAAUCAUGCAUACGAUGAAUUAGUAAGGCCACACUGAGCAGUGAAUAGGUGAAUGGAUUUGUCUGGUCAUCAGCCCAUCCCGUACUCCCGCUUCUGUAAUUCUGAGUGAGCCUCUGUGUUAUCCGUAAUAUAAUGCUAUCAACAUUUCAGCGAGUUAAUCGGGAUAAACCUGGAGCUUUGCAAUGGCAAAGGCCUGACCAUUUAAGGGACUGGAUGCAGGAUCAAGGCAAAAGCUGGAGACGUGCCUAGUAACCUGAAGCAGGCAGAGGUUUUUCUUUUGGGAAUAUUAGAUUUGUGUCACUAUCAAUUCCAGGAUCAGUAUUUGCUAUUGCUUUUGUAAUAUUCUCGGAAUCACGCUGCAUAAAAUUUAUGCCGCUGUUGUAA